CAAAAAAAAAAAUUAAAAAAGACCGACUUCGUAGAGAAUUGCUUUACUGUUUUUAUUUUUUUCUCAGAAGCAAAAUUGCCACAUGUGAUUUGCUUUGUUUGCACUGAAAAAAGUUCACAGUCGGUCAAUUAUGAUUGCUCGUCGACAUCAACAAUCAGUGCACUUGCAAGUCAUUGUCACCGGUGGAAAAGUCUGGAAUACGAGUCCUUUGUUUGGUUAACUGUAUAAAUAUGAACUCGAUGGAAAGCAAACUAGUUGGCCAAGAUGUCCGGCUUAUUCAAGAAACAUCCCCUUCCGGAGGAAGUCGAUGGAAACAAGUCGUCCAAAAAUCCUCUCCCGGAGGAACUCCUGGUCAUGCCGGCAAACCUGCGAAUCCUGGAAUUCAUCGGACUAUGGGGCUCGUGGGACAAUUUCUACCGCUUUGCAGUGCUGUUCGUGUACGCAUUCAGCAUCAUUUUCCUGCCCAAGCUGGUCGACGGAAUCGGAAGCAGCGACUCGGCCGCGAUCAUCAAGGGCAUCGCGGAGUUUGUGUUCGAAGCGUCGAUCUACGUGCCAAUCGCGAUCUUUGCCGUGAAACGGCAAACGUUUGAAAAGUUGAUGGGCGAAUUUGAGGACUUUUUCCGGAAGGUCACCAUCGACGAAAACUUUGGCGCCUGCUACGAUAUCAUUGUGGAUCAGAACAACAAGAUCAAAACGUUUUUCAAGUUCUACCUCGUGUACUGCCUGAGUGCCCCGUUCGCGUACAGCAUUCCCUCGCUAUUCGGCAAUCACAUCCACUACUGGACGAGGGGAAACACCACGGAACCGCUGAUUCUGGAACUCCCCGCCGAGCAGGAGUUCUACGGCAUGCAAAUUCGUACCAGCUUCUCGCAGUACCACUACUUUCUGGCGAUUUCCGUGCCGGCACACUGCGUCAGCACGCUGUUUUCGCUGCUCAAAAUUACCACGGCGUUCUUCAUGAUCAAGUACAGCUCGCUGACGUACCGGGUGGUGGCGGCCAGGGUUCAAAAAUUAACUCAACUUGAGGAUAUUAAGAUCGCCGAUCUGGCGGAAGUGAUCGAGCUGCACGAGCAAGCUUUCCAGAUUACAGAGUUGGUGGAGGAAAUGGGCCACAUUCCAAUUGCAAUGGAAUUUCUCACCUGCAUCGUUUACUGGUGCUUGACCAUGCUCUACGCUUCGACGAGAAUCGACUUCAACCUGUUCAACGUAAUGGUGCUAUUUUUCGCCUCACUUAUGGAAACGUUCGGCUACUCGUACCUCGGAUCGGACCUAACCGAUUCGGCGGACGCGGUUGGCGAGGCCGUGUACGGUCUACCCUGGUACGAGCACUCCGUCGAGCUGCAGCGGUACUACAAGCUGAUCAUUCGGCGCACCCAAAAGUCGACCUGCAUCAGCGGGAUCAAGUUCUUCGUCGUUGAGCUGACCACGUUUAGCAAUGUGAUGAACAUGUCCUACUCGUACUAUCUUGUACUUAAAGAUGUUCUAAAUACGAUGUAAACAAAAACAAUCAAUGUUUCUAAGGUAUGCACAAUACAACAUUGUCUUUUGACAUUUUUCAACUUGUAAUAAUGAACCUUUAACCAAUAGGCCUCUAACUGUGAAAGCAAUUCAAUAUUGUUAGGCCGGCUAUGAAAUAAUGGGAAAGUAUAAUAUACAUAAUAUUAAAAGCAAUGUGUAUUUCAACAGGUGCUCGAAGUGAAAUUGACAUUAGUCAACUCAAGAGUGUUUCGCAAGAACCAAAUUGUGAAUAAUUUAUUAGUGCACUAGCGCUUUGCUAUCAAUAAGUUAUAAGUAGCUGAUAUAAGUUCUCAGAACGCUUCAAAAUUAAA